CUGUCCAGUUCACUCUCCCCCUCCCCCGUUACUUCUUCGGCUUCAAUUCCUUCUCACCGUUGACCUUGACUGCAGUGGAUGCGGUGGUCCCGGCUGUGAUUUUCUUUUCCAUUGACUGUGCGGAGCUUGCUACUUGAUGGUGCGGCUCCGGCCUACCCUUUUCCCCCUUCAUCAUGCAGUCCUCCCCGAAUAUGCUCACCAAGUUUGAGUCGAAAUCGUCCCGCGCUAAGGGAAUCGCCUUCCAUCCCAAACGGCCAUGGAUCUUGGUCUCCCUUCAUUCCUCCACCAUUCAAUUAUGGGAUUACCGCAUGGGAACCCUGAUCGACCGCUUCGAAGAACACGAUGGCCCCGUCCGAGGCGUUGAUUUCCAUCCGACGCAACCCCUCUUCGUCUCCGGCGGUGACGACUACAAGAUCAAGGUCUGGAGCUAUCAGACGCGGAGAUGCCUGUUCACCCUCAAUGGCCAUUUGGAUUACGUGCGAACGGUCUUCUUCCACCAUGAGCACCCGUGGAUCGUCUCGGCCUCCGACGAUCAGACCAUCCGAAUCUGGAACUGGCAGAACCGGUCGUUGAUUUGCACUAUGACCGGCCAUAACCACUAUGUGAUGUGCGCACAGUUCCACCCGACCGAAGAUCUGAUCGCUUCCGCCUCGCUGGACCAGUCCGUUCGUAUCUGGGAUAUCUCGGGCUUGCGAAAGAAGCAUUCGGCCGCCCCGUCCACCGUAUCAUUCGAAGACCAGAUGGCGCGAUCCAACCCGAAUCAGGCAGAUAUGUUUGGAAACACCGAUGCGGUGGUGAAGUUUGUGCUGGAGGGUCAUGAUCGGGGGGUCAACUGGGUGGCCUUCCACCCCACCCUGCCCCUGAUUUGCUCGGCGGGUGACGAUCGCCUCAUCAAGCUGUGGAGAAUGAGCGAUACGAAAGCCUGGGAGGUUGAUACCUGCCGUGGCCACUUCCAGAAUGCCUCUGCCUGUGUUUUCCACCCCCACCAGGACCUGAUCCUCUCUGUGGGCGAAGACAAGACCAUCCGGGUGUGGGAUUUGAACAAGAGGACUUCCGUGCAAUCCUUCAAGCGCGACCUCGACCGAUUCUGGGUGAUCGCCGCUCACCCCGAAAUCAACCUCUUCGCCGCCGGCCAUGACACGGGUGUCAUGGUCUUCAAGCUCGAGCGCGAACGCCCGGCAUCCGCCAUCUACCAGAACCAACUCUUCUACAUCACCAAGGAGAAGAACGUCCGCUCCUACGACUUUGCGAAGAAUGUCGAGUCGCCGCCCAUGGUCUCGUUGCGGAAACUGGGCUCCGCCUGGGUGCCGCCUCGCACCCUCUCCUACAACCCCGCCGAACGAGCCAUUCUGGUCACCUCCCCCACGGAUGGCGGUGUCUACGAGCUGAUUCACCUGCCGAGAGAUGCCACGGGUGCUGUGGAGCCGACCGACUCCAAGCGCGGCCAGGCCACCUCGGCCGUCUUCGUGGCCCGCAAUCGAUUUGCGGUCUUCAGCCAAGGCAGCCAGCAGGUCGACAUCAAGGACCUCAGCAAUUCCACCACCAAGACGAUCAAGGCGCCCGCGGGCACAGUCGACAUCUACUUUGGCGGUACCGGCUGCCUGCUCUUCAUCACGCCGACGACGGUCGUUCUGUUCGACAUCCAGCAGAAGAAGCAGCUCGCCGAGCUGGCUGUCAGUGGUGUCAAAUAUGUGGUGUGGUCCAAUGACGGUCUCUACGCCGCCUUGCUCAGCAAGCAUAACGUCACGGUCGUCACCAAGUCCCUGGAACAAGUCAGCAGCUUGCACGAGACCAUCCGCAUCAAGAGUGCGGCUUGGGAUGACACCGGCGUCCUGCUCUACUCGACCUUGAACCACGUCAAGUACUCCCUGCUGAACGGAGACACCGGCAUCAUCCGCACUCUGGACCAGACCGUCUACCUGGUCAAGGUCAAGGGCCGGAGUGUCUACUGCCUCGACCGCAAUGCCCGGCCGCGGACCCUGGAGAUCGACCCGACGGAGUACCGAUUCAAGCUGGCUCUGGUGAAGCGGAACUACGAUGAGAUGCUCCAGAUCAUCAAGACCUCGAGUCUGGUCGGACAGAGUAUCAUCUCUUACCUGCAGAAGAAGGGCUACCCGGAGAUUGCGCUGCAGUUCGUGCAGGACCCGCAGACCCGCUUCGAGCUCGCGCUGGAGUGUGGAAACCUCGACGUCGCCAUCGAGAUGGCGAGAGAACUGGAUCGUCCCCAGCUGUGGACCCGACUCGGCUCGGAGGCUCUGGCUCAUGGCAAUCACCAAAAUGUCGAGAUGGCCUACCAGAAGCAGAGAAACUUCGACAAGCUCUCGUUCCUGUACCUCUGCACUGGUGACCAGCAGAAGCUGGCGCGGAUGGCCAAGAUCGCCGAGCACCGGGGUGACUUCACCUCUCGCUUCCAGAACGCCAUCUACCGUGGUGAUGUCGAAGACCGGAUCCAGAUGUUCAAAGAAGUCGACCUGUAUCCCCUUGCAUAUCUCACGGCCAAGUCUCAUGGGCUGACCGAGGAGGCCGAGUCGAUCCUCGAAGCCUGCGGCCUCACAGAAGAUCAGAUCACGCUCCCGACGUUAUCGGAGCCUUCGCAGGUGCCGCACCCCAUCGCCCCUACGUUCAAGUCGAACUGGCCCGUCAAGGCUGCCGGCCACUCUUCCUUUGAAAAGGCUCUCCUUGGCGAGGUUGGUGCGGGUGACGAAGACGGCAUUGGCGCUGAACUCGAGGCUGAGGAGGAAGAGGACGAGUUCGUCGGUGCCCGGGAUACGUUGGAGGACGAGGAUGAGGACGUGACCGGAUGGGACAUGGGCGAUGAGGUCAACGUCGAGGAGGACGUUGAUCUGGUCGAUGUGGAGAGUCCGGAGGCUGGGGCAGGAAGCACCGAAGCGGACCUCUGGGCGCGCAACUCGCCUUUGGCCGCGGACCAUGUUGCCGCUGGUUCCUUUGAUACCGCCAUGCAACUCCUCAACCGCCAGGUCGGUGCGGUUAGCUUGGCCCCUCUGAAGCCACGAUUCAUGGAGGUCUACAAGUCUUCGAAGACCUAUCUCCCGGCGACCGCUGGCCUGCCGCCAUUGGUGAACUACGUGCGCCGGACCGUUGACGAGACUGACAGCCGCAAGGUGCUGCCCGUCAUCCCGCGUGACCUCGAGACGAUCGCCAACGCCGAUCUCCAAGAGGGAUACGCUGCGAUGCGCGCCAACAAACUGGAGGAUGGAAUCCAGAUCUUCAAGAACAUCUUGUAUUCCGUCCUGGUGAACACCGUCUCCUCCGACGCGGAGGUCGAACAGGGCAAGACGAUCAUUGCGACCGCUCGGGAGUACAUCCUCGCGAUGUCGAUCGAGCUGGCUCGUCGUUCCCUGUCCACAGAUACCCCGGAGGGCCUCAAACGCAGUCUGGAGCUGUCGGCCUACUUCACGAUCCCCAAGCUGGAGGUCGCCCACCGUCAGUUGGCCUUGAUGGCCGCUAUGAAGCUGGCCUUUGCCAACAAGAACUACUCGUCUGCGCUUAGCUUUGCCAACCGUAUGUUGGCCAACGGUGGCGCCGCCAAGCUUCUUGACCAGGCCAAGAAGAUCAAGGCGCAAUGCGAGCGGAACCCGCAGGACAAGAUCGACAUCGAGUUCGACCAGUUCGCCGAGUUCGACAUCUGCGCGGCGUCCCACACGCCCAUCUACGGCGGGUCUCCCAGCGUGUCGGAUCCGUUCACAGGAGCCAAGUACCACGAACAGUACAAGGGCACCGUAUGCCGGAUAUCCGAGGUGACCGAGAUCGGGGCGCCAGCCAGCGGGCUGCGGUUGUUCGUCCCGGGGCAACACUGAAGAGGUGGGACGGGAUUCUGUGUACCGAAUGAAAAUGGAAUUUUCUGGGGGGGUUGGCCGGCGUGACGGCUGGAGACAAGCUCCUGCUCUCUUAGAUGUAUGAAUCUUCUGUUGUGUCUCCGAUAAUUACUGGUCAGCGAUGUUAGCUUUUCUUUUUUCUUUUUCUAUUUCUUUUCUUUUUUCUAACUCUUUUUUAUUACUUUUUUUCUACCGCUGUUUUCUUUUUUGAUACAUUAUCUGCAAUAUAAAC